UCAGCUGAAUUUGAGCCAUUAGAGAUAGAAAUACCGGAGGAUGUCAAAUUCCCUACUGAAGAGGGAGACCCCGAUGACGAUGUUGAAGUACCGAGCGAUGACAAGGACAAGGACGAUGGUGAAGUACCGAGCGAUGACAAGGACGAUGACGAUGUUGAAGUACCGAGCGUUGGAGAGGACAAGGACGAUAGUGAAGUACGGAGCGAUGACAAGGACAAGGACGAUGGUGAAGUACCGAGCGUUGACGAGGACGAGGACGAUGGUGUAGUACCGAGCGAUGACGAGGACGAGGACGAUAGUGAGGGAACGAGCGUUGACGAGGACGAGGACGAUGGUGACGAUUAAAUACAACAGUUCAUAUUUUCACAUUUCUACAUCAACACAAAUAGGGGCACAUCGUCACAAAGCAAUGGCGACAAUAAUAAUUAAUUAUUGCAAAGAAAAAAAUAAAUAUAUUUUGAUAUUUUUACAAAUUGUCAUCAAGCGAUGUUGGUGACGAUAAAGAUCGUGUGAGUGAUUGAAUGCAUGCAAGAAAUUCACAGUUUUAUAUGGCUUACAGGAAUAUGGUCAUAUCGUCAUAUUUGUUACGUCAUGUGUCAUCACACACGAACCUUAUCUGUGAUACAAUUUUAUAUACUCACUGACUCCACAAAACUAAUGAUUUAAAAAUGAUAAAAAAUACCUUUAGACCUUUUUGAAGAAAAAUAGUUAAAGCUUAUAUAUUUUCACAGAAUAUUCAUUGAUAACCUUUAUUUAAUAUACAAAACAAUUAUUAUUAUAUUAAUCAUACAAAACUAAGCUUUUAAGUAUACAAAUCUAUUAUCAUUUACUGAAUAUAUCAUACAAUUACUAACAAACAGAAUUUACUACUUUAUUUUUACUCAUACAUUACUAAUUUAUGACAUGUACUCAAAUCAUGUAACAUAUAUGUA